AACCGAGGUGGCAACACUGAUAGGGUAGACGAACAAAACUUACUGUGUGUAUGUUUUGUGUGAUUUAAAACCUAUGAAUUGGUAAAAGAUGGCCAAAAAACGAUAAAUGUAAUUAAAAAAUCAUGCCAAAUUCAUUUCUAAAGCUUAAUAUUUACUUUUAUACCCUGUAUUGUUAACAUCUACCCUCGCCAUUAUGCUCGCAUAUGUGUUGUGACAAGUGUUUAUUAAAUUAUAUUCGAUUAUAAAAUCGCUAAAAUGCAUACUUCAGCUAAUACGUAGUAUUGGUUUUAUAUAAAACUCAAAAUAAGUAGUCACAAAAAGGAAGCAUUGACCAUGGUUAACUUAAAAAUGAGAGGAUAAAACUAACAAUAUGGAAGACACUCCGCUGAUAGAUUUUAACAUAAAUGUUAAAGUAGAAAAGAUAGAAGAUGAAAUAGAUACAGAAGAAACAUAUGAGAUUAAAAUAAAUGAAUCUCUAGACAAUGUUGCAAAGAAACAAUACAAAAAAGCACUAACUCAAAUGAUCAGUAAUGAUUCUGACGAUGAGAAUGCAUCAAGUGAGAAUUCCAACUCAACUUCGGAACCCAAAUGUAGCCAAGUAUCUAGCUUUGAUAAUACAAGGAGUAAUGAAUCAGGUUACGAAAAAUUCUAUAUUAUACGAAAUCGUAAAAUUCAUACUUUAACAAAAGAAAAUAUACUAAAAGGUAUCGAAGAACAAACGUAUCUAUUGAAAAGUAAAACAGAUGUACUUUUAAACAAAUUGAUUCGAUCUCACCAUCCUCAAAACUAUAUACAUCCAAGAACUGUACAUACAAGUCUGUUAGACAAUGUCAUACAGUUAUGGAGAAAUUGGCAUGAAAACAAUCCAAGACAAAGAAAUACACCAUUUUUAUAUAAAUGUUAUAUAUGUCUAAAUGGAUGGUGUAAUUUAGAACCUUUUAGACAGCAUAUAAAAUCACAUAAACACCCAAAUUUAAUUCUCUCCCUCGAAGAAAUGGGUAAUAAAAUAAAUAUUGUUGCCAGUAUUGGUAAUGCAAUAAAAAAAAACUUAAUCACAAUAAAUACUAAUUGUUGGAAUUGUUAUAAACCUAUUGUUAUAAAAGGUGUAUUCAAAGUUUUUCCAAAAAAAAAUACUUGUGAUUCUUGUUUGCUAUCCGAUGUUGGGUUGUAUGAAAUUGCUAGUGAGAGCUUAAAUAAAUUUACUGGGGUUAUAUGUUCUAUUUGCUCUGUGUAUUGUAAAAAUGAAGACAUAUAUAGUCAUAUGGUUUUAAAUCAUACACCAAAAUCUGAUGAGCCAGCGGUAACAUAUCCUAAGAUAUGUAAAUUGUGCGAAGAGCUAUAUUUUAUUAAGAAUUACCAUGAUUGUCCUAAACGUAAUAAAUUAUAUAAAUGCUAUGUUUGUUUUAAUAAAUAUAUAACAAAGCAAUUGCUGCAGUUACAUAGGGCAAUGAAUAAAAAUGUCACAUCAUGUCCGGAUUGCUCGAAGAAAAUCAAACAAUGCUAUUUUAUUGAACAUUUAUUGAAUCAUUCAGCAAAUUAUGAUAUGGUACAAUAUUGCUGUAAAUGUAAAAAUAAUUUACUAUAUCCAAAUUGUUUGUGGUUUAACAAACAUAUGUUGAACCACGGCGAUAUGGUACAAAGGCGACGGUAUAAAGUCAAGAUGCUGUUGCCAUUAAAUUGUGUAAGAUGCGUUACAGUGGAAAGUACAAUGCGUCUAGAAGUAAAUUACAAAGAAGUGCAUAAAUAUCUAUGUGAUUUCAAAUAUAUGAAUAACACACCUCCUAAACUGAUCGAAAUUAUUAAAGAACAUAACAAAACGAAAAAAGAUGACGUGCAAUUAUCAGGCACUGUUAACAUAGAACAGAAUAGAGUAAACCAGAAAUUACCAGAAUCUGAUUUUGGAAGAAAUGUUGAUACUGAUAUCGGAUCUGAUUCAGAAUCUGAAAACGCAUUUCAAGAUCAAUUAGAUGCUGAAAUACAAAGAGAUGUUGAAAUAGAGAAGGAAAUAUCUAAAGUAUUUCAAGCUUCUAGUAUUUAUAAGAAAUUUCUAGAUAAAGAAGUUAAUGAUCCGAUAGAAGAUAACGAUGUUUGUAUUAUUGAUGCAAAGGAAGAAGUAUUUGUGAUAUCAGAUACCGAUAGUGAGACAUCGAAAUUAGUAAUAGAUACCGAUAGAGAAGAAAAUAUUAAACAAGAAAUAACGGAAUCUGAUGUAGAUAUUGAGAAUACGAGUAAUCAUUCUGUUAUAGAAGAAAAUCUUAAUAAUGUUAAAAUAGAAUCCGAUAUUGAGAGAAAAGAUGAUUUAAUUUUAAAUCGAUAUAUAGAUUUUGAACAAAAAGAUGUUGUGAAAGAUAUGAACACUGAAGAGAAUUUAGAAUUCGAAAUUAAAGAGGAAACAGAUAUAAAAGAAGAAAUUGAAUAUGAUGAAAAUAUAAUAAAUAAUAUAGAUUUUGCGAAUAUGAAAUCUGAACAUACUUAUGAAGUUGAUUUGAAUACAGGGUGUUCUAAAGAUUGGUCUAUUAAAACACCCGGUUGUAAAAAUAGGAAACAAGAAAAACCAUUAAAUAAUUACGAAUUAUGGAUUAAUAAAGAUAAAAAAUUCAAAUGCACACAAUGUUCAUAUACAGGAUGUUACAGAGAAUACAUAGAUCACAUAAUGAAUUGUUUUCAUACGAAAUGUACAUAUUGUAUGAAAAGUUUUAAUGACGUCAAACUAUAUUUACGUCAUUUGUCAGACCAUAAAUUGAAAUAUCUCUCUUGUCCUCAGUGUUUUAAGAAGUUCUAUUUGAUACAAAAUCUUAAACAUCACAUAAUAAUACAUAUACAUGAAUUGUAUAUAAUUGUACCGAGUGACGUCGGACGUAAACAAGAUUUUAGCACUUAUAUAUGCAAUGUUUGUGAUGGAAUUGUUAAAAUUGAACAAUUCUUCAUACAUUGGGAAGGACAUUUGGAACUAAAUGAAGCGGUAGAAGAUGAGAUGUCGGACAAAGAGGCUGAAUUAAAAAGUAUGAUGACCCCAGAAAUGGUGGAUCGAGUUAUUGAAAUCCUAACAAACCCAACGUUAAAUAAGAAGCACAAAGUGUGUAUUGUUUGUUCAAAGAUAUUUGUCAGAAGACUUGAUAAUAAAAGGCAUUUGAUCGAACAUUUAUUACAUGAAGCUAAAAUAGAGAUGGCUGCAACCGGAGCCAGGCUCCGUUGUCCCAUCUGUGACCAGCAUUUCCAGGAUCUUCCCGGAUGGAGACAGCAUUUGAGAGAACACUCUCAUAUCAAGACUUAUCGGUGUUCUUUGUGCCCUAAAAAGUUUUGUGAUUCAAGUAAUUUUAGUAAACAUAGGAAAGUGCAUAAUCAACAUAAAUAUAUCUGUGAUCUGUGCGGUGGAAAGUUUUGUGCUAAAACGGGAAUAAUACGACAUUUAAAGACUCACGAGCCGAUGAACCCAUUACCUUGUUCACAAUGUGAUAGAAUAUUUGAUUCAGAUAAUAAAUUAAGAAAACAUAUGCGUAUAAAACAUAAUAAAUAUCCUCUAUCAUGUCCUGUAUGUAGAAGAAAAUUUAAAACGUGCAAACAGAGAUGGGACCACAUGUGGGACAAGCAUAAGUUGAGGAAAUCUGUAGCUGAUUGUCCGAUCUGUAAGAAACAGUAUAGACGAACGAUAGAUGUUAAAAAUCAUUUAAAAUCAGCACAUGGAUCAAAAUAAACUUAUUGUAAUUAAAGAAAGAAAUACAAGUAUGGAUGAACAAUUUGACUAAUUUCGGUAUAAAGGCACAAAUACACGUGCCUUAAGCUGGCAUGUCAGAAUUGAAGAGAUAAAAAAAUUUUCAAUCUUUAUUUUUUGUAUCUGUCUGUGUGUGCUUAUAUCUGUGUUCCUAGUGAUCUCCAAAACGGCUUUGCGUCUACUUAAAAGUAGCUUAUUUGCGAGAAUUAUAAAUUACUAUAUUCUAUUAUUUAAUAUAAUUAAAUUAAAUAUCUCAUCUUCUUUCUCCUUAUUUUACUCCCGUCAUCUGUCAUCACUCCCUUUUUGAUCAUGUCACCUUUCAUCAUCCAUCUCUUUCUAUGUCUACCUCUACCGGUGCACACUCAUAACUUAUUUUUUGCUAACGGGGGGAAAUCUUCGAAAGAUACCCUGUCUUUUAUAAAAAGUAGGAUUAUGUGAGAUUUCUCACUAAAAACCUCCCCUCGGUGGCAGCCCUUAGGUGUGAUUUGAGAGUCCCGGGAUCUCACCGUGUUGCUUUCGACGCUGCUUUUUUUGCUGGGCCUUCACUGGUAACAUGCGAUUCAUCCCUCCUCAUAACCAAGGGCGGAUCCAGUUUUGGCACCAGGGGGGUCACAUAGUCGUCGUCAAGUCACCCUCCUUACAUCCGCCGUUACUCAUAACAUGCCCCCAUGCUAACCUUUUACUCCUUACUUUACUACUGGGGCUACUCUCAAACUUCCUCUAAUAUACUCAUUUCGUAUCUUAUCCAUCCGUGUUUCCCAAAAUUAAAUAUGUCAAGAUUGUGUUUAACCCAUUUCUUAAAAGGAUUUAAAGGUGGUGACGCAUAGGAAGGAGAAAUGUCCUCUUUAUGUGCGUCUCCGUCAAUGAAGGGUAGGCAGCGCUGCAAUUGCGGAUG